AUGGAAAAUUCUAAGAAAGGGAAUCUUUCAAUGGGUCAUGGCAUCAAGUUAUCAAAGAAGAAUUGUCCUUCUACUUAUGUUGGACUUGAACGCAUGAAGAAGAUACCAUAUGCUUCGGCGAUAGGAUCUAUCAUGUAUGCCAUAACAUGUACAAGGCCAGACGUGGCUUAUGCGCUUAGUAUCACCGGCAGAUUCCAACAGAAUCUUGGGGUGGAACAUUGGAAGGCCGUUAAGACUAUACUUAAGUACCUUAGACGGUUUAAAGAAUAUUUCUUAGUCUAUGGUGGGAAUAACGAGUUAGCAGUUACUGGGUAUGCUGAUGCAAGUUUCCAGUCUGACCAUGAUGACUUUAAGUCACAGUUGGGUUAUGCAUUCAUUUUCAAUGGUGGGGCAGUGAGGUGGAAUAGUUCCAAGCAAGCAACCACUGCAGAUUCAACCACUGAGGCCGAGUACAUUGCUACAUUUGAAGCCGCAAAGGAGGCUGUUUGGAUACACGAGUUCUUAAAAGAACUAGGGGUAGUUCCAAGUGCCACUAAUCCAAUAUCUAUAUAUUGUGAUAACACCGGUGCAGUUGCACAGGCAAAGGAACCAAGAUCCAACAAUCGCAAUAAGCAUGUACCGAGGCGCUAUCACUUGAUUAGAGAGAUAGUUGAUAGAGGAGAAAUAAAGAUAGAACGUGUUCAGACUGAACACAACGUGGCUGACCCGUUCACCAAACCAUUGUGUAUAGCAAAACACCACAAUCAUUUAGAGAAUUUGGGAUUCUCGGGAAGCAUACCGAGCGAAAUCGGGCAAUUAGACUGUUUGGUCGAUUUUUCUGCCGAAAGUAACUUUCUCACCGGAGAAAUCCCGAGCAGCAUUAUAAACUUAAGGCAGCUCGGGAGGCUUGACUUGAGCAAUAACAAUUUAUCAGGCACCUCCACGCUCAACUACCUCGAUCUCUCGAAUAACAACUUUUCCGGCGAAAUCCCGUUCUCGUUGCAGAAUCUGAAGCUCAACAGCUUAAACCUGUCACAAAAUAUGCUUUCGGGGGACGUGCGUCCUCUCUUCUCAGACGAAGCUCAUCGGGACAGUUUUCUCAGAAAUCCCGAGCUUUGCUUCUAUAAUUCCAGCUCGUGCAAUCGCAAGGCAGAAGAAGAGGAUCGAGUCUUUGUAUGGGUGAUGAGGUUCAUUUUCACCACAACGAGCCUUGUUUUAUUAGUCGGGAUCAUAUGGUUUGUUUCGUUGAGGUGCAGGAAAAUCGAGCAAAUGGCUAAGAAAGAUCGAGCUGCAGUAACUAAGUGGACUUCCUUCCAUAAGCUUGCCUUUAACGACAGCGAAAUUAUCAACGACUUAAAAGAGUCGAACGUGAUUGGUGAAGGAGCCUCCGGUAAAGUCUACAAACUCGUCACAAGCAAUGGGGAGGAAGUAGCGGUGAAAAAGCUGCACGAGAAGUGCGAAAAUGACGAAAACAACCCUGAAUUUGAUGUCGAAGUCGAGACGCUAGGGAAAAUAAGACACAAGAAUAUCGUGAAAUUGUUGAGCUGUUGUGAUGCGGAGAACUGCAAGCUCUUGGUUGGGCUUUUGGAUUGGCCGACGAGAUUUCAUAUUGCUUUGGGUGCUGCAGAGGGGCUCUCGUAUUUGCACCACGAUUGUGAUCCGCCGAUUGUGCAUAGGGACGUAAAGUUGAACAAUCUGCUACUCGACGAGGAGUUCGGUGUUAAAAUCUCGGAUGUUGGUGUAGCUAAGGUUGUGAAGGAAGUUGAGAAUGGUGUGGAGUCCAUGUCUGUCAUUGCUGGUUCAUGUGGUUACAUUGCACCAGUCAUUCUUGAGCUCGUAACCCGAAAAUUGCCGACUGACCCGGAACUUGGGGGCCGAGAUUUGGCAACUUGGGUCUCUACAACCUUAGAAAGCGGAGGGAUAGAUCAAGUGAUCGACCCGAAUCUCGACUCAUCAUUCCACGAACACAUUCGCAAGGUUAUUGAUAUUGGACUCGUCUGUAGCAGUAAACUCCUGACCAGUCGUCCCUCCAUGCGCCGGGUGGUUUCUAUGCUGCGCGAAUUGGGUGCUAGCAUGUUUAAUAAUCACAGUGUACAUGAAAAAGAAUAA